AAUCAUCUGUUAGAGACUUUUUUCCAAAAUGCCAUUUUCAGUAUUCUGUCGUAAAACCCUCGCCCCCUCGGCACUGUUGUCCGGAUGAACGGUUGUCCUGGUACAAUGACGACCUUGAGACAACUGGUAUCCUGAUAGUUUGGCCUUUACUCGGCAUUGAGCGCAUCAUUGAGCGUCGUUAUGAACUUCGCGACAUUGCGGUGGAAAUCUUCUCUCGCACCAUCAACCGACCACACUGUCUGGCCGGCUACUGGGCCUAUUCGCCCACCUUCCUCGUGCUCAGUUCUACAGAGGAACGUGAUCGUUUUCUAACCUCUUUCUAUGCCAGCCAGCUACAAAGACUGGUGCGUAACCUCCUCCACUAUCACCUUUACAAUGAUUGGCUCACAGCUGCCAUGGAUCUGCAGCUGAAUAGAAAUUCUUCUCAUGAUGAAUACAAUACCAAUUCGCUCGAGCCGAGCUCUUUUGCACGUUAUCAUCAGACUGACAAUGAUUGCUACGAAGUGCCACUUGACCCGCAGCUGAAAACCCAAAGGUUAAGUCGCCAGUGGCUUUUACACAAAUCUUCCACACCCCACCUUCGUCGGCCUCACCAACGACACGAUCGUCACCGUGCAGGUGACACUUCACAACUUGACUCUCUUUCGCUGACUUCCUUGACGACCUUGGCGGCUAGUUGGCGUCUCCGCCAGUCGCGC